AGUUAGAUGCACACACGAGGCUGGUAGAGGGAAGAGUGAUUACUAAACCUCUGCAUCUACAAGCCACUCGUCUUGUCUGCCAUCUUCAUCAGUGUUUUCGCACCCAUUUUAAAGAUGAAGGCCUCCCCUAUUGUUUCGCAGUCUAACAUGGGUAAGCAGAAGCAAAGCGUGAAAGGAAAAAAGGAGGUCCAGGAGCAGCCGGAAGAGUUUGUUGUGGAGAAGGUGAUGGACCAACGCAUUGUCAAUGGGAAGGUUGAGUUCUUCUUGAAGUGGAAAGGAUUCACAGAUGCGGAUAAUACUUGGGAACCUGAGGAGAACCUGGACUGUCCUGAGCUGAUCUCGGCAUUUCUAGAGGCACAAAAAACUGUGGUGGAGAAGCCCGAGUCCAACAAGAGGAAGUCCUCCACGGAUGAACCAGAGACGGAAGAGAACAAAGCCAAGAAGAAGAAGGAUGUGACUGAAAAGCCCCGUGGCUUUGCUAGGAAUCUAGACCCAGAGAGGAUCAUUGGUGCAACAGACAGCAGUGGAGAAUUGAUGUUCUUAAUGAAGUGGAAAGAUUCAGAUGAAGCUGACCUGGUUCCAGCACGUGAAGCUAACACUCGCUGUCCUCAGGUGGUCAUCUCCUUCUAUGAAGAAAGACUCACCUGGCACUCCUGCCCAGAGGAUGAAUCCCAGUAGCCUCUUCUCCCCCACCUUGAUCUGCUACCGUCCUUGUCUCUGCCUCUCAGGGCUGACCUCCAUGUGGUUCACCUGCAUUGGCGUUUUUUUAAAUGUAAUUUACAUUAGUGUUAGUGCAGCACAAGUAUACUUUAGUAAUAGGGAGAGUAAGCUAUUCGGAUAUGGGUAAAGGGUGAGAAUGUGUGUUAGAGCAUGGACUAAGGGUUACAAUUGCCUAAUCUUAACAAGUUAACUACAUCUUAACAAUAGAACCGCCAACACUACUCUACCCCCUAGAACUGCUGGGGAGUGUCAUGUUUUGCCCUCCUACUGUAAACAGUUAAGUUGUUACAUAAAAUGUUUUCUUCAAACGGUAAGUUUGACUUGGAAAAAAUAUUUCUAAAAUUACGUUUAUGGGGUUUAUUAAUGAAAAAGAAAUCAUUGAUCUUUUCCCCAAUCUGAUUAUCCCGAACUCGUGUCUUUGAGCAUUGACAGAACUUCUUGAGAAGUUAGAAGAAUUUCAUCCUUCUAAACUGGGUCAUGUUUCCAAAACCAGAUCAAUCAGAAGACAAUGGGUGACGACAAGCUAAGCAACCAGCCCUGUUUAGAGUGGUAUUCGACAGCAGUUUCUAUGAGGGGUAAAAAUGACCCCUUGGUGGUAAAUAAUUCUCUUGACCCUACACCCAUCAUAAAUCAUUAGAUGUUAUAAUCCCAUGUUAAGGAAAAGUCAUGUUUUGAGGUUUUAUUUCAAGUUGCAUGCAUUUGAAAACAUCAAGGGGGUCAUUGUUACCCCAUGGCAGUUCUAGUGUUAAAUCAGUUACAAUUUAAAAUGUUCUCAGAGGAUUAUACUGAAGUUUAAGUAUAUUUUCUCCCUUGCUCACUAUCAUAACCUAAUCUUUUGUCCCUCCCCCCAUGUUUAUUGUUUAUGUCCUGAGUUUAUGAACAAGAGACUUGUCGGUAUGAAUUUUUUUAAGUACAUUUUGUUAAACUUGAUGUUGCAUUUGAAUCCUAACUAGAACAGUCUUUGCUGUAUAUUCCUUGUAAAUAUUUUUUCAAAAAGCUGUUCAAUAAAGGUUUAUAUGCUUCAUUUUACUACA